AAGCUCUGUUCUCAGCCUCUCCCUCCAGUUCUGCUGUAACACAUGCGCUCCUCCAUGCACGCCUCCACACUCUUUCCGCGCUGACUGCGGUGCGUAACCGGUGCCAAACCGCCGGACAGCAGCACAGUCGCCAUGCAGUCCUCCCUGCUCGCCCUGGGACACAGCUUUGGGAUGCCCACCCUGGCCUCUUCUGCCUGGAAGCCUGGAGAAUCACAGCUGUCCAACUGGUCGGUGCAGGAGAGGGUCAAUGGGACGGCCCCUGGAGAGCUAGACGCUCUGGACAGUCGGCGGGCACAGUAUGGUCAGUUCUCUCAGGCUGCCUCUGUGUUCCUGGCUGUGCUAAUGACCCUGCUGGUGUUUGCCACCGUGCUGGGCAAUGCACUGGUCAUCCUGGCUUUUGUUGUGGAGAAGAGUUUGCGCACGCAGGGCAACUUUUUCUUCCUAAAUCUGGCCAUAGCGGACUUUCUGGUUGGUGGGUUCUGCAUCCCUGUGUACAUCCCCUAUGUGCUGACCGGUGAAUGGAGGCUGGGCAGGGGGCUCUGUAAGCUGUGGCUGGUGGUGGACUACAUGCUCUGCACUGCCUCUGUCUUCAACAUCGUGCUGAUCAGCUUCGACCGUUUCCUGUCCGUCACCAGAGCGGUGAGUUACCGCAGCCAGAAGGGCGUAACCCGAGAAGCCGUUAUGAAGAUGCUCUGCGUCUGGCUGGCCGCCUUCUUGCUCUACGGUCCGGCCAUCAUCAGCUGGGAGCACAUUGCGGGGAGGAGCGUGGUGCCCCGCGGGGAGUGCUACGCCGAGUUCUACUUCAACUGGUACUUCCUGAUCACGGCCUCUACAGUCGAGUUCUUCACGCCUUUCAUCAGCGUCACCUACUUCAACCUCAGCAUCUACAUCAACAUCCGCAACCGCUGCGCCCUCAGGGAGGAUCAAACGACCAGCCUGCGGCUCAGGAGCUGCGAGGCCAAGCCGUUCGCAGGUGCUGACCUGCAACGGGUGUUCUUCGUCCGGCCAGCUGAAGCCAGCAGCGUUGCAGAUGUACCCCCGAGGUCUCGCUGCUGUCGGCUUUCAAACGCCAGAGUCUCGGCCACUGAGUGCGAAAACCCAAGCCGGAAGCGAAGGGUCAGCACGAUCCCUGACUUUCCGCCUCUCCAGGUUGGGGACAUGGUGCAGUCAAAUGAGAAGCGCUGUCACUGCAUGGAUCACUGGCGAAAGCGUCCAGAUGCUUCGUCCAGCCUGGCCAGUCGCUUCCGCCUUUCCAGGGACAAAAAGGUGGCCAAGUCUCUGGCCGUCAUAGUGUGUGUGUUUGGCCUGUGCUGGGCCCCCUACACGCUCCUCAUGAUCAUCCGUGCCGCGUGCCAAGGCCAGUGCGUGCAGCACUACCUCUACGAGAUAUCGUUCUGGCUCCUGUGGAUUAACUCCUCCAUCAACCCUGUCCUCUAUCCGCUCUGCCACACCAGCUUCAGACGAGCUUUCAACAAGUUGUUGUGUCCGAGUAAAAUAAAAAUCCAGCCCCAAUACAUGGACCAAAAGUACUGAGACUGGGACUGAACUUGUUCAUCUGAUCUGUGCAGAGGGUGUGUUUGCCAGGACGUUUAGCAGUUUCACGGUGCCAGACGUGAUCUCGUAGCAAGAAAACACGUCUGGAGACAACUUGUUAGGCUUUUGGUGCCAAAAUCUGGCACAAACAAGGGUACAUACCCUCCAAAACCUGCCCCAGAUUCCUAUAGUCUGUCCUCUUUUAACGUUUGGAAUACGAUCAAGAACACAAGUGAAACAAACUCGCUGGCAAAACACCACUGCUGUCUAACGAAGCUGUUUUACCCUUGCAAGAGGUUCAUUUUUACUAUCUAUUAUGUGGGAACUUUGCAGCCAUACUAACUUAUGGCACAUCCAAGGGCUAACGACUGGCUUGUUGCCCAUCAGACGAUGCUGAUGACCGCAACAUUGCCCCCUACUACGUUCAUGGCAUUUUGCUGACGCUCUUAUCCAGAGCGACUUACAGUUUGAUCAUUUUUACACAGGUAGGCCAAGGUGGUGUUAGGAGUCUUGCCCAAGGACUCCUAUUGGUAUAGUGUAGGGUGCUUGCCCUGGUCGGGGAUUGAACCCCAGUCUACAGCAUAGAAGGCAGAGGUGUGACCCACUACAUUAACCAACCACCUACUCUCAACUACAUUUCACCCACAGCCAAAAUGUCUCAUCUCCAGACGUUCCGAGAUUACGUCUGGACUAGAUGUUUAGGAAUCUAUCAGUAUUUGUGCAAAAGCUUUAGGAAGAAAGCUAUUUGUCUGUACUAUUGUUGCUUCCUUCUUUUGUCUUGAUUGAUGUUUGCAGAAUUUAAAACAAAAAAGCCUUUUCAACUGACUCAGAAUGGAAUUUAAUAAACGACAUUGUUGACAUGGUGAAACCCUC